AUGUCUUCACUCCAAGCCCUGGGCGCUGCGGCAGAGCGGUCGGCGAUUCUUCACUAUGCCGCCUCGCUGGUGGCCGUCAGCCUCGCCCUCUACAGUCUGUACAGAUGGCUUCUGCCCAAACCGAUCCCCGGCAUCGCCUACAACCCGGAGGCGACGACCUCCCUCCUCGGCGAUGCCCCCGCGAUGAUCAAAGAGGUUGCCGUAACGGGCGAGUUUCGUGUCUGGUGCGCAAGGCAGGUUGUCAAGAUGAACUCGCCGCUUUGCCAGAUAUUCAUCAAGCCCUUCUCCAAGCCCUGGGUCCUGGUGGCCGACUUUCGGGAGGCCAAAGACAUCCUGACGCGCCGCCGAGAGUUCGAUAAGUCGUCUUUCCUCUCCGACGGCAUGGCGUGUAUGGGGUAUUUCCACGGCAUUUACACCACCGGGGACAAGUUCAAGGCGAAUCGCCAGCUGAUCCAGGACCUCAUGACCUCCAGCUUCCUCGACAAUCACGUCGGACCGGCGGUCUUGAACAAGGGCCUCGAGCUCGUGGAGCUGUGGCGGCUGAGAGCCAAACUGGCGAGGGGGCGUCCAUUCAGCGUCAGGAAAGAUCUCGAGUACACCUCGCUCGACGUGAUGAUCCACUUCGCCUUUGGCAGCAAUUGGAGCCACACGGCCCUCGGUCCGCAGGUGCAGCUCCUCGGCGGACUGGCCUUGGAGGACGUCGACAUCAAGACGGCGGACGAGCCCGUCGGUUUCCCAACUGUCCCCCUCGCCGACUUCCUGAACUCCGUCUACGAGGCCCCCGAGGUUGUGGAGAAGACCAUCAAUGCCCUCAUGCCGAAGCUGCAGAGCUGGUGGUGGUCGAAGCAGUCGUGGUACAGGCACAUCUUUGACGAGAAAGAGCGCGUCAUGAAGGAGCAAGUCGCGAUCGGGGUGGACCACUACCGCUCCGGGCGGGUCGAGACGGGAAUCGAGCACAUGCUGGUGCGAGAGGCGGCUCGGGCCGAGAAAGAAGGCCGGCCGGCCGACUUUGAGAGCAAAGUCCUCCGAGACGAGAUGUUUGGCAACAUCAUCGGCGGCCACCACACGACCGGCGGAGCAAUGAUGUGGCUGACCAAGUAUUUAAUAACCUCGCCCGAGAUACAGAACAAGCUACGCUCUGUGCUCUACGAGACGCUGUCGGUCGCCAGACGAGAGAAUCGCCUCUUCACGUUCCAGGAAAUCCGCCACGCGAAGCUCCCUUACCUCGACGCUGUCAUCGAGGAAACGCUGCGCAUCAACGCCGUCCCCGUGACGAGGGAAGCCAUGUGCGACACCACGGUCCUCGGGCGCCCCAUCCGGAAGGGAACCCAGGUCUUCUUCAUGUCCAACGGGCCCGGCUUUCUCGCACCGCCCUUUUCCGUCAACGAUGGGGAGCGGAGCGAGCAGUCGCGCGCGGCCAAGACGAACGCCGCGUGGGACGCCGCGCGAGACCCAGCGCUCUUCGACCCCGAGCGCUGGCUCAUCCGCAAGAAGGACGGGCAAGGUCUCUUGGCGGAGGACGUCGAGUUCGACGGCGCGGCCGGGCCGCAGCUAGUGUUUGGCCUUGGUCCGCGCAGCUGCUGGGGAAGGAGACUGGCCUACAUGGAAAUGAGGAUCGUCGUUGCCAUCAUUGUAUGGAAGUUCAGGCUGUUGCCGGUCCCGCCGGAGUUGUCUUCGUACGCUGGACUAGAGGGGAUCGCGCGAGUGCCUCAGCAGUGCUAUGUCAGGCUCAGCGAGAUGUAA